AAUUACAAGUUUGGUGGACAAAAUCUAGUAGUAUAAAUACGGCGGUAAUUCGUGCAUAUAUACCCCUUUUUGUCUCAACAGUCCAAAUCGGGGAUUACUGGGAUUUCAGUUCUCUGACAACCCUAGUUUUAGCAGCAUAUUAAUUCCGCGAGCUGCUCUGCAUGAUUUCAUCAAUUGAUUCAAUUCACAGUGAUUUAUUCCUUGAUCUGGAAUCGCUGAUCUGCUCCGGAGCAUGGAACGGAUCGUCGGAGGCAAAUUCAAACUCGGUCGGAAGAUCGGUAGCGGAUCCUUUGGUGAAAUUUUUCUAGCUACGCAUAUUGACACCUUCGAGAUUGUUGCAGUGAAGAUUGUAAGUUGGUUUCGCUGGCUUUUUGGGGAUGUUGAUUUGUUGCAGUUUGGGGUUAAUUAACGUCAUAUGUGGUUUAUUAUUGUGAUUUGGAUUAAGUUGGAGUGAGUUGUGGAGUUCAAUGACGAAAUAAAUAAGCAUCCAAUUGAAUUCGGUAUGUACGUGUGUGAUGUAAUAAUUAAUGGAAUUUUGAAGCUGUGGGAUGACGUAAAAAUUGUUUAUUGGCCGUCAUGUAUACUCACCCUGAAAAGUCUCCAGAAAUGCUUUUUGCCUAUUGAUAAUUCAGUUAACCAGAAUGUGUUGACGUUGGUAACUUUUAGAUGAUUCAUAUAAUUUAAGCUGUAAUUUAGCAAACCGAUGAAAGAAUACAGCUUAUGAACGGAUGAUAUUUCCAUGGGCGUUAUUGCCCGUGUCAGGUGGAUUCACUGACUAAGGAUUCUGGACACAGUUUAUGACUGAUAUAUACUACUCAUUUAGAUAAAUUUAUUGACGCUAUCAUUCAAAUUGAGACUCAAAGACCUUUCUUGCUGGAGUGAACAUAUUGAAACCGACAGCAUGGUUUUUUUCUGCUAAUAAAGCAGGAUCAAGCUUGAAUCUUUGUUUCAGUUCAGCAUUUGACCAAAAUGACUUUUAAAUUGACUAAAGUGUGGAGUAUUUGCGAGUGUAUGUAUGUUACUCCAUUACACCUCUUUUUCUGAUUUUUCUGUUCACGGUUUUGUAGGAGAAUAAUAAGACGAAACAUCCACAAUUGUUGUAUGAAGCAAAGUUAUACAACAUUCUCCAGGGAGGAAGUGGAAUUCCACGGAUAAAGUGGUCUGGUGUUGCUGGAGAAGACAAUGCCCUAGUACUUGAUUUACUGGGUCCUAGUCUGGAGGAUCUCUUUGUCUACAGCGGCAGGAAAUUCUCUUUGAAGACUGUUCUGAUGUUAGCUGAUCAGAUGAUUACAAGAAUCGAGUAUGUUCAUUCUAAAGGGUUCUUGCACAGGGAUAUUAAGCCUGAUAACUUCCUCAUGGGACUUGGUCGAAAAGCAAAUCAGGUUUACAUCAUUGAUUUUGGUCUCGCUAAAAGAUAUCGUGAUGCAACUAGUAACAGGCACAUCCCUUACAGGGAGAACAAGAAUUUAACUGGCACUGCACGCUAUGCAAGUUGUAAUACUCAUCUCGGAAUCGAGCAAAGCCGCCGAGAUGAUUUAGAAUCUCUUGGAUAUGUUCUUCUCUACUUCUUAAGAGGAAGCCUUCCAUGGCAGGGCUUGAAAGCUGCGACCAAAAAACAAAAAUAUGAUAAGAUAUGUGAGAAAAAACUGUCAACUCCUAUUGAGAGUUUGUGCAAGUCUAAUCCGGUGGAGUUUGCAUCAUACUUCCAUUACUGCCACUCAUUGACGUUUGACCAACGGCCUGACUAUGGCUUCCUGAAACGACUCUUUCGUGAACUCUUUGCCCGUGAAGGGUACGAGUUUGAUUACAUUUUUGAUUGGACUAUCCUAAAGUAUCAGCAGUCACAAUCAAGCAAAAUGCCGCAACGUCCAACGCCUGCUGAGAGCAGUCGCGCAGUUCAUAUGGAUACAGAAAGAUAUCAAGUUGGUAGCAGUGCACCUUUUUCAGCUGAUAUGGCUGAACGAGGACGAUCGAAUAAUGCCUCAAGUCCUGGGAUUCGGAUGCAAUUCAAAUCACCUCCAAAUAGGACCAUGACACCGCUUGACAAAAAUGUAUUGAACCCUGCGCAAAUGCCUUCUACUUCAUUUCCCUCUAAUGGUGUACCAAAAGGCAAUGUUUCAAGACCCAACGUUGCAGCUGAAACAAAUUCUGGCAACGGACACGGGGAAAAUACUGGUCCAUCAAGCAGCUGGAUGUCUUCUUUGCGGCGCAUCUCCUCUGCGAAGUGACCACAAUGGAUCACAUGGUUAUAAUCUACUCAAUCAUGGAAGCCCGUGAAUAUCCUGGUUAUUGAUCCCUACAUACUGUGGCAAAUGUAGAGAAUCCAGUGUAUUGGGAUUUUUAUAUGCAAUAAUCUAUUAUGAGGAAGAUGCUGGAUCAUUUCAUCGAAGAUAUAGAGCUUGGUUUUGGCAUUUUCAUCUAUUGUUGGGAGCUGGAGUUGAUGUCUUUCCAAUGAUAAGGGUACACAAUCCUUUACAAAGAGCAGAGCUCAUUUCUAGAGUUGUACAUAGAUGUAACAAAAUUUGAUGCUGCAACUAUGCAUCUUUUCAUCCAAAUUUUAUGUAAGAUCAAUGAUUGUGUUAAGUCUUAUUUCUGUCGACAGAUUGUGCAGUUGGUGGGAGCAAUUUGUUUGCAAUUUCACAUGGUAUCAAUAAUUUGUUUGUGCUGUAAGCAAUAUUGCUUUCACCGAGGAACCCUGUGUUUUAUGCGAGUAAACAGUUGGAAUUGUAACUGGAUUAAUUGUUCUUUUAAUUGAAGCUCGACUUUGUGAGGCUAAAAAUGCGAUUUGGAUAUAGCGCAGUAGAUGGUUUUAUGCUUGGUAUAUAGAAUUGAAUAAUUUGGUACUGCAAUUUCCCCCUGAUCUUUUUGGUCAUUGUUACACUCAGAAUCUUGAUGUAGAAAGUCCCCAAAUGCUUCUUUCGUGUCUUUUUCAUAGUGUUAUUUGGCAUUAUUUGUCAUAUUCAUACUCAGGAGGCAAUGGGAUGGUAGGUUGUUUUUUGCAUUUAUUAGGAUUGGAGAACUAUGCUUGGUCAUAAUUGUCCUUCAGAUUUCAGAAACCUCCAUGUUAUUAGUUUACUUCAGUUUAUAUGCUGCAUGCCUUCUUCCCCUUUUCUGCUGCCCCCAAUCUUCCCUCUAUUUAUUCACACUUGAAUUAUAUCAUGUGUUUGAAGAUAUCUUAAUGUUUGUUGUUUGUAUGUUGAUUAUGACCCAAGUUUUCAUCAUCUGCUAGGCAGGUGAGGAAACUUGAUAUUACAUUAGCUCUUCUGUAGUCUACUGUUUACAUCCUUUAGUGAAUCAUUGUAGGUGCAAUUGUGAAAUAGCAGAAGUUGCAGUAACCUUGAACUUUUGGCUUUCUAACUUAUAUGUCUCUUCAGUUAUCAGUUUAAAUUUGAAAUUUGCAGGAUAUCUUUCAGAAAAAAGAACCAAGUUGCUGACAAGUGUGGUUGAAGAAUUUUGGAAGAUCACCAUCACAUGCUCUCGGCAUCUGUUAUUUCGACGGUGGAAACCUGCUUGGAUGUAUUUGAUUGAAGUUGUUAUGCACCUGGCAAACAAUGCACUGUAGAGGCUUCAGCUGAUUGAUCACUGAUUAUGUGGCAAACUGCCAUAUACUGACGUGAGACGGGCGAUUGAACUCUGAGGCCAUUGGUUGCAACUUGCAACACGAUAAGGCCUGUACCAAUCUGUUUAUUUGGCUUCCAAAUGUUAAUAAAUUAUUUUAAAUUUCUUAGUUGUUGAUUGGGCAUGCAGCAAGCUAGACUGUGGUAAAAGGUGCUUUGUUCUCUAUGUUGCCAUAGUUUUGUCUGGUCAAAGUGCUUUUUUAAAUGCUGCAGAUUUUUGAUUAUGAGGUCGAGGCACUGUUGGGUUUUUUAGGCUUUCUGCUUGCUUGAACAUUGUUUUCUUGUAGUAAAGUAUAAGGAAGUGUGGUUGACAGCUGGGGAGGAGCAACCAAAACACCAGUGGUCAAUCUCAAAGCCACAGGUUUCUGCUACCCAGUGCGGAUGCUAGAAGUUCUAUAUCUCAUUCUAACGUUGCACAGGUUGCUAGGUGUGAUUCUUCUCUUUUAACGUAGCACAGAUUUCUUGUACAAUGAGGAUUGUGGAGGUAAAUUGAUGUUGUGCCUGCAAAAUUGUAAUCCUUCUCAUAUAAAGGAUGCUCCGGUUAGGAUGAGGCCUGUGGAGGUUGAUGUCUUGCCUGUUUCAUGUUUUGUUAGAUGUACCAUGAGACACCUUGCAGUUUUAUUUAUAUAAUUUUUAAUCUUUGAAUGGUUAUGGAGCCCUUGUACCCCCUGAAAUGAAUGAUUUUUUUUAGAGUUAUAGUUGCUUCAUGCUCCACUCCGUCUCUUCCUAUGUCCACAACAGUAUGAAUUUGCUUCCUCAUGCUGUCUCGUGAUGUCAAUAUAGAUUUUGCAGAGGUAUAUUUCAUUUUCACUGUUUUUUGGGUCCUCUUGUGGGCAGUGGCCAUUUACAAAUAUGGUAUAUGUUUACUCAGUCUCUAGGCUGAGGUCGUUUAAAC